AUCGGCAAUCAUCUUGCAAUCGACGAUAAACGACAAUCGACACAAACCAAGUUUCAAGAAUUGUCGAUAUUAUUGUUACGGAUUUUGUUCAUCACUUUCUAGAGCAAAAUGUUAGAUCCUGCGACUAGUGAUGGAGUGGAUUUAAAAUCUUGCCGCAUAUGUUUAACAACAAAGAAACCUCUAUGUCCUUUAUUUAGGUAUAAGUUAUCAGGAAAUUAUGCUGAAAUGUUAACAGCAAUAGCGGAUGUCAAGGUUUUGCCUAAUGAUGGCCUUCCUGAAAAAAUUUGUGUCAAAUGCUGUACAUCGUUGGAAAAAGCAUACCUUCUUAAAACUGUGGCUGAGAGAUCAGACAGAAAAAUGAGGAAAAUUGUUGCCAGUUUAAAACCAAGUGUGAACACAAAGAAGAUUGCAUUUAACUCACUAACUGACAUAAAGGAUGAAAUAGCUCCAUUAGUGAAAUCUGAACCAAAGUGGGAGAUGGAAAUUGAUGUUCUAAGCCCUAACAGUAUUCCCAAUACAGACACUAUUGAUUGUAAAGAUAUUGUUAUAGCCAAUACUGUAAUAAGAAAAGUAGAUAAUUAUGAUAAAAAAUUACUAGAUCACACUGAAAACUUUGAUAAUGAUUUCUUUGAUGACAUUGGAAAUGAUGAUGAUGAUGACGAUUACCUACCCCCACUGGAAAAUACAAAAAGUAAAUUUAAGAAACCAAAAUUAAGCGACAUAAAAGUUUUUAAUAGUAAAGGUAAAAAAACUAUUAUAAGGAAAGUUAAAGUGGUGAAACAUGUUAAGACAUUGGAGAUGAAAAAUGAUUCAUCAUGUGAAGAUAAGAAAACCACUACAAUAACCUGCUUCCCAAUUCUCAAAAAUGGAUCCAGAGGACCACCAAUUCUACUAAAGAGACCCAAAGACGCAACUACGCUAAAAGUACAUCAGAACUUUCAUCAAAAAAAUUCAAAUAAAUCAGUUGGGCGAUGUAGCAAGCAAGUAUCAUCUGGGAAACAGCGAGAGAAAAUGGUGUGUCCUGUAUGUGGAAUCUUGACAUAUACAUUGGGAAAUCAUAUGGCCACUCAUGAAGAAAAAAAGAAAUUUAACUGUUCACAAUGCACUAGGACAUUUACUCAUAAAUCAAAUUUGCUUAUUCAUCUUAAGCAACACUCUGGUAUAAAGGAUCAUAUUUGUGAAGUCUGUGGUGCAGGAUUUUAUACACAGAAGUCACUAAUAAGACAUAAUUUAAUACACAAGGGAGAUAGACCUUUCCAGUGUCAUCUAUGUUCUAAGAAGUUUAUUGCUCGAUGUGACCUAACUCGUCACUUACGCAUACACGCUGGUUACAAACCAUAUAAAUGCACGGCGUGUACUAUGUCGUUUAAUGCUAAGCACCAGUUGCAGAAUCACGAGAGGAUGCAUACAGGAGAGCGACCUUAUAGUUGUGAGGUGUGUAACGUCUCAUUCAGUUAUAAAGUUAAUUUGAACAACCAUGUGUUUAAAACCCACGGUAUCAACUUGAAGUUCAAAUCGAUACACACGGUAACUGAGGAAGUAUUGCGUCGUGAGAUGGGGAUGUUGAAUGAGGCGAGAGAUGCAAUCGCACAUAUAAUACCGCAGCUCACAGACGUACCCACGCCGGGAGCGCACGAAACAGUCCACCAUACAUCUGAUUACAAUGUAUAGAUAAA